GUAGUUCCAGGACGCCUCGUGUGGAACACGGAAGGAAUAAACCGCGUACCAAUAUUUUUCCCUAUGUCUACUACCAUCUGAUUGACCCCAGGAACAAACAACAGUAUAUUAUGAUGCUUUCAAUUUAAAACUGAGAUGCUCUCUGUUAUAUUGAAACGAAGCAGCUUUGCAGCCCAGCAGGUAUUGCAGUGGACAGGUCCUGCAUGGAGAUGCUGGACAUCAGCUCUCACCAGAGCCUCUGGUGGUGGAUCCAUCUCCUUGCAGACCUGCUGGGCCUCAACAGCAAGAGAUGACAGAGGAGUAAAAUGUUCCCCUGUCCUCAGCUCCAGGAGGAUUGAGUACUUCCAAAGGACCCAGACACAUGCAGCUCCAUCUUUUGUGAGGAACCAGCAUUUCCACUCCUCUGCAGUGAGGCUGAAGAAGCGUCCCCGGCUCCCAGAACCUGCGGAAGAGCUAGAUCCGCUGCGCUAUGAAAUGAAGGACUUAUGGAAAGGUCCGAAACCUGCCUUAUACCUUGGAUUUGCAGGGCUUCUCCCUUUUGUGGCACCCACUCUUCUGAUGGCUGUGACUGAAAACUACUAUCCAGAGUUGGCUUAUGCUCAGUUAACUUACGGCGCCUCCAUCCUUGCCUUUGUGGGCGGUGCUCGCUGGGGAUUUGCUCUUCCUGAGAGUAGCCCGGCCAAACCUGACUGGAUAAAUCUGUCCAACAGUGUGGUUCCGUCCCUGUUAGCCUGUGUGUCCAUGAUGAUGAGUGAAAGUAUUGUUUCUGCAGGCACCAUGGUUAUCCUGGGGCUAGGAAUAGCGCUGCAUUAUGAUCUGUCUCUGCUGCCCACUUACCCAGGCUGGUUCAAAGCCCUGCGCUCUGUCCUGACCAUCGUGGCAUCUUUUUCUCUUCUGUGUACACUUCUACUUUAUGGGAUAUACCCAGAAAAAAAGCUAUUCUCAGAUUAAAUAUUAUGUAAAUAUAUAAACUAA